ACUAUCCAUCACUGGCGUGCAAUGAGAAAACUUCCGAAGCAGGUCUGUUGUUGCAGCAAGAGCAAGAAAGCUAGCAAAAUAGCUCAGCCAACUUAUUUUUAGGGUUGACGUGUCUAAGAGAAUCAACAGUUCUACACUAUAGUGACAGCGCCGUGGUCUUGAUCCAUCGAACAAGACAUGGCAGACGCCAAGCCGCCCGUGUCAGGCGCCACGGAGGGCAGUCUGGCGGAGGAGUUCGCGGUGCCCUCCCAAGUGGAGGAGCUGAAGGGGCGGAUGGCGGAGUUUGCAGAGCGUCACGGAGCGGCUGGACGCCGCGUCGUUCUCAUCACCUCGGGUGGAACCAAAGUGCCUCUGGAGUCCAGAACGGUCCGGUUCUUAGACAACUUCAGCAGCGGCCGCAGGGGCGCCUCCUCAGCGGAGUACUUCCUGGACGCGGGCUAUGCGGUGAUCUUCCUGCACCGGCACCGCUCCCUGUACCCCUACACGCGGCUCUACGCGGGCACCAACCUGCUGGACGCGCUCACCGCGGAACCGGAGUCUACGCGGGUGGUGGUGGAUCAGAGCGCUCUGCCCAACAUCGCCGCGGUGCUGACGCGCUACCAGGCGGUGCGCGCGGCGGGCCUGCUGCUGCCGGUGGAGUUCAGCACGCUGUCCGACUACCUCCACCUGCUCAAAGCGGCGGCGCAGGCCCUCAGCGGGAUAGGCUCUAAAGCCAUGUUCUAUCUGGCUGCUGCCGUGUCCGAUUUCUACAUCCCAGCGUCCGAGAUGCCAGAACACAAGAUCCAGUCUUCCAACGGGCCGCUUCAGAUCAGUAUGAAGAUGGUCCCCAAGAUGCUGUCCCCGCUGGUGUGUGACUGGGCUCCGCGGGCGUUCAUCGUCUCCUUUAAGCUGGAGACGGACGCGGGCAUCCUGCUGCAGCGGGCGCGGGGGGCGCUGGAACGCUACCGUCACCAGGCCGUGGUGGCCAACGUGCUGGACACGCGCCGCGGCUACGUCGUCGUGGUGACGCGCCACCAGCAGCACGAGCUGCGCGUCUCCGAGGACGACGCGCUCAACAACGUGGAGAUCGAGGAGCGCAUCGUCGGCAACCUGGCCGCCGCACACACCAGCUUCAUGCUGCAGGGCUGACCACAGCGCCCCCCAGUGGAGUGGAGAGGAGAGGGCAGCUUCAUGCAGCAGGGCUGACCACAGCGCCUCCUAGUGGAGUGGAGAGGAGAGGGCAGCUUCAUGCAGCAGGGCUGACCAGCCGCCCGCCUGCUCGCCACAACACUACUGCACUGCACUGCACUGCACUGGACUGACCACAGCGCCUCCUAGUGGAGUGGAGAGGAGAGGGCAUCUCUGGCCAUGUGCUCCCUCUCUGGUCACCCCUACACACACACACACACACACACUCAUCCUGUCCAGCUCAUUCCAGAACCUUGGACUUCCUCCGCAGGGUUGACCACACACACACACUAUCAGUGGGAAUGGCAGCAUUCCAACAUAACAUACUGUAUCCUAUAUGCCUAAAGUCUACACCCUACACAGCUGCAUACUGUAUCCUAUUUGGCUACAUACUGUAUCCUAUAUGGCUGCAUACUGUAUCCUAUAUGGCUGCAUACUGUAUCCUAUAUGGCUGCAUACUGUAUCCUAUAUGGCUGCAUACUGUAUCCUACACAGCUGCAUACUGUAUCCUAUAUGGCUGCAUACUGUAUCCUACACAGCUGCAUACUGUAUCCUACACAGCUGCAUACUGUAUCCUAUAUGGCUGCAUACUGUAUCCUACACAGCUGCAUACUGUAUCCUAUAUGGAUGCACACUGUAUUCUAUUUGGCUGCAUACUGUAUCCUACACGGCUUCAUACCAACACACUGCAUCCUACAGUAUACCAACACACUGCAUUCUAUAUAUCAGAACACACUGCAUCCUACAGCACAUGGCUGAACUAGGCUGACUCCUGCCCUGGCUGUGUGUUGUGAUCUGUUGCCGUGUGUGUGUGUGUGUAUUCAGGUUAGUGUUGGGGUGUGUGUGUAUUAUUCAGGUUAGUGUUGGGGUGUGUGUGUGUAUUCAGGGUGGUGUUGGGGUGUGUGUGUAUUCAGGGUAGUGUUGGGGUGUGUGUGUGUAUGGUGUGGGCUCAAAGUAAACUCCUGAGGCAGUGAGGUGGUGGUCACG